AUGUCAACAGUUCUCUUUCAACAGAAGCUGAGCUGGUCCAGCAGCAACAUAGGAGCAAGAGGAGCUUCUUCAGUGACUGUAACUCCUUUGCUUCCUGUAAUGGGAGGAGCAUUUAUAGAUUCACCCAAUGAUGACUUUGGUACGGAAUAUUCCUUAUUUAACUCCUCAGCCAAUGUGCACGCCUCUGCUCAAAGUCAAGCUGAAGAACCGACACGUUCCUCCAACGACGCCAUAUUGCUAUGGAUUGCAAUAAUUGCAACAAUUGGAAACAUUGUGGUUGUUGGAGUAGUUUAUGCAUUCACUUUUUGA